UCCAUGCAUUGAAUAAAGUAUCUCAUUUGACAUUUCAAUGAGUUAACCAGGCUGAAGAGUCACGCCUCGAACGCUGUCACCGUGAGUUCUGUGUAUGUAGAAACAGUACCCGAAACAGUUCGCAGGCAUACACCGGAACAUCUCUCCUGGACUGUAUCACUUUACUUCGCAAACGCAGGUGUUAAGAGAAACGACCAGUCCCGUGACCAUGUUCAAGAAAAAGAGCUCGAAGAACAGCGUGACUAUUACGGAGAAAAAAACUCCUGCUUCAGAGCUCUCAGCUCUAGUAGAAACAGUCCAGAAGUAUGCUGACAAAGUGGAAAAGAACUCAUAUGAAUUGGAAGAGAAUCUGAACAAGGACGUGACUAAGAUCAAUCAAGGAAAGACACCCCUAUACCAUGAUGAGAAUAAGAAGAAGAUCCAGAAUUCCCUGGAUAUUCUGAAGGACCUAGAUGAUGAAAUUGCAGAAUUAAUUCGCCUAGGUCACCCACAGGCAGAGAUGAUCAAGGAUGAUAUCAAGCAGCUAGAAGAUCGACUGCUGAAACUUGGUAAGGAACAUGAGAAAAUCUAUUCCACUACACGCCCAGUAGGACAUCCCACUGUUGACUGGGGAAAGAUAAUUGAGGAGAAACAGGAGAACCUCAACAACAAAGGAUUUGGGAGUGAUUUACGUACAGUGGAAAAUCAGGUGGAAGAACACAACAUUUUCCACUGUGAAGUGGAAGCCUUGGCCCCUCACAUAAAUGACUGCGAUGAGAAGGACUAUGCAAGUGUCCUACAGGUGAAAUAUAACAAGCUUCUGGCCAGCUCUGGAGCAAGGCAGCAGGACCUUUUCAGUCUAAGGGACUACAUGAAGCGCUGCACAAAUGAGCUCUACUGGUUGGACCAGCAGGCAGAGGACCGCAUCAACUACAACUGGACUGACACCAACCUGGACUACCUUUCUCGAAAGAGGCAGUAUGAGAACUUCAUCAGUAAAGGUCUUGAACCUAGGGAGGCCAGUAUCACCAAACUCAGUGAUGAUGGAGAGAAGCUGUUAGCUGCAGAUCACCCUGGGAGGAUCGUCAUUGAGGCACAUAUGGAAGCUGUACAUGCAGACUGGAAAGAAUACCUCAACUUGCUCAUUUGUGAGGAAAACCACCUCAAACACAUGCAAGAGUACCACAAAUAUCAUAAAGAUGUUCGAGACACUGAGGAAGUGCUGAAGAAGUUGGAAGUUGACCUUCGUGAGAAGUACAACCCGGAGUUUAAAGACAUGUACCAGAUAGAGGGUUUAAUUUCCGGCCUGGACGACCAGUUGAAGGCCAUUGGUCUUUUUGAUGACCAAGUGAAGGACCUUGAAAAGCGCAGCCAGCAGGUGCUCCCACUGAAAUUCCGCAGGGAGACGCCCUUGGAACCCAUCCCUGUGGAAGCCUUGUGUGACUUUAACACCAUUGAUGGUCAAGUUGUCCGCGGAGAGAGGUACACCCUUCUCAAGAACAAUGGAAUCAAAUGGGAUAUUAAAGACUCUUCUGGAAACAAAUUAUCUGCUCCUGCUGUGUGCUUUCUAAUUCCCCCUACUGACCCUGAAGCAAUCUCCAUUUCUGACGUCAUUGCAAACCAGCAGAAAACUGUACAGAAACAGGGUUCCAGUCACAAGGAUAUACUACUGACACAACUGGAGGAUCUCAAGAAAGAAAUCCAUAGUGAUGACCAAGAACAACAGUGUCGUCAACUGAUGGCUGGUCUGGAAAAAGUGACCAAUGAUCUGGACAAGCAGGAGAAAGCCAUUUAUACUUGUGUGCGUCCCCCGCUUGAGCAGAUCCGGGCUCUGCAAGAUAGUGCAGACCGACUGCAGGAGUUUAAGGAAAUGAUGGCUAGUGUUCAAAAAAUUGAGCCUGAAAAAUCUUCCAAAGUACAAGAAGCAGUGACAUUCUUGGACACUAAACCCACAUGUGCCAGUGCUCCUCAACUCUUCACCAAAACAGAUGAAGCCACCAAAAAAUAUGACAAAGUCAACUUACUACUUACAUGCACUGAGGACAAACUAGUGAAUUCCAACCAGCUUGAGAAUUCUCUGCAGAAUGGAAAGAAUACGCUGUCCAACUUUGAGAAUACUCUGGCUAGGGAGGAAGUUGCCCCAUCUAACCUGACUGCCCUGGAAACAACACAUGCAGAACUGCUGGAAAAUGCCAAAGAGCUGAAAUCCAAGAAAUAUGCUAUCUCUGAGACUGAGGAGAACCUCAAGGCUACCAAGACCAGCUGUGAGAACAUGCGCAAUAAGCUGCAGGAGCACUGUCCAGACAUUGAGAGGCAGGAGGCUGAGGUCCACAAGUUAAAUGCACGCUUUGACAACCUCAGCAGGCAGUUUGACACAAGGGCUCAGUGUCUACAAAGAGCCAAGUCUUCAUAUAGCAACUACUGCAAUGAUUAUGAUGAUCUGAAUACCUGGCUGUCCCGUGUGCCAAACUAUGAACCACAAGAAACUGAUGAUGCCAAACAAGUGGAAAUGAAACUGAAAAACCAAAGGAAUCUGCUGUCAGAUGUUGCAAGAAAAGAAGUGGACUUGAUCAAUUUGUCAAAAAAUGCACAGAUGUAUCAGCAGGCAAUUAAGGAUUAUGAAGCGGAGACUGAGAAAUUUAAAUCAAUACUUGAUUUUGAGGACGGCCUUGUUGCACAGACAUACAAAAAAAGCAGACUGGAAUCCCCAGCUAUCAAAGUAAAAGAUGAGGAAUCUGCCAUCGAAGCAAAAUUUACUGAAGUUACUGCUGUAAACAAGCAGAGGCUACAGAGCCUUGAGUAUGCACUGGGUCUUCUGAAUCAGCAUCAAGAGGAGAAUGUACAGUCGGUCAGUUCAGCAGUCCCAGGAGCAAAGCCAUCGAGCAUACAGGAGCAACUGGAAGAGGAGAUUCAACAUAGAAAGCAACUUGAGAAAGAAAUUAAAACGGUUCAGACUGAUAUUUAUGUGCUGGAGGGUCAAAAGCCAGAAGACAUAGUCAUCAAAAAAGAGGUGAUUAAAGAGCUACGUGAUCCAGAGUUAGAUGAAGAACUCAGUGAAGUCCAGCAGAAGCUGUCUGAGGAACAAAGAGUAACACAGGCCCUAGAGAAUGAACUGGAGGAACUUCGUGCAAAAUUACGUGUGAUAGGAAAGGACAAGGCAGAGAAUGCACAGCAUUUUGUGGUUAAAGAGGUAGUACAUAUUGAAAAGGACAGGGAUCAAGAGGAGGAGGUUAUGAGGUUGAAGGAUGAGUUGGAGGAGUUGAGUAGACAGAAGGCUGUUAAAGAGAAUGAAAUUGCCAAAAUUCGGAGUCAGGUUGAUAUACUGACACAGGAGAAGUCCAAGCGUCAGGAAGUAAUCAGAGAGGAAGAAGUCAUUAAGGUUCAAAAUGACCCAGAGCUUGAGAGUGAGUAUAGAACACUGCUUGAGAGCAAGGAAAAAGAGCUUGCCAGCAGAAGACUACUUGAAGAUGAGCUCACGUUCCUUCAGGAAAAAUUGAGGAAGUUGGAGAAGGAAAAGACUAUGGCUGAAGAAAAGAUUUUAGUCAAAGAGAUACUCAAAGUAGAAAAAGACACCUCAUUUCAGAGAGAAGUAGAAAACCUCAGACAUCAGCUUGAAGAUGAGAAAGCAAGACAUAGGUCUUCACAAAGGGAAAAAUCUGAUCUUCAAAGGAAGAUUUCAAGCAUGGAGGAAGAUAAAUCUAAGGUCAUUACUCAGGAAAAAAUUCGUGAAAUUGUUAGGCCUGAACCAAAGGCUGAAAAUGAAGCUGCUAACCUCCAACUUGACCUGGUUGAACAGCAGAGAAGAUACAGGGAUACGGAACUCCAACUGAAAACUCUCCAAGAUGAACUGAAUUUACUAAUAAGCAAAGGACCACAAAUAGAGGUCAAAGAGGUCAUCAAAGAGGUCAUUAAGUACAAGACAGACCCAGAGACUGAGAGGGAACUGGAACAACUCAGGGACGAAAUAGUUGACAAAGCCAGCCAGAAUGAAAAAUCUGAGAUGGAAAUCCGGCAACUACAGGAGGAGAUUCAAAGAUGGAAAGAAACCAAACCCCAUGUGCAGGUUAAGGAAGUUGUAAAUGAAGUUACUCAGUAUCGUGAGGAUCCUAAAACCAUGGAUGAGGUGGAAGUCCUCAAGAGAAAACUGGCAGAAGAACAGAAGAAGCGUUUGGAUCUGGAAAGGGAAAAAGCAGCCAAUGAGGAAAAAAUCAGAAUGAGGAAGACUGAUCUUUCACAGGUAAGAGAGAAAAUUGUUGUGCAGGAGAUUGUGAAAAUGGAGGAGGAUCCACUUCUAAAGUCUGAAUGUCAAGGCUUCUCUCAGAAUAUAAACGACGAGCAGAGACAGAAGGAUAGCCUCAAAGAUCAAAAAGCUGAUUUAGAAAAUAAGCUGAAAGAACUUGAGCAUGAACGAAUGACACGGCGAGAGGCUGAGAAAGAGAUCCAGAGAUUGAGGGCCCGCCUCAGUGACCUGGAAGCCAGGGACAGGGAGACAAUGGAAAAGGUGACUGUACAGCAAAAGGUGGUCCUUAAGCAAGAUCCUCAACAAGAAAAAGAGCAUUCUAUGCUCAGAGUGCAAGUUGAAGAGGAGAAGCACAAACGAAUAUUGCUUGAGGAAAAGCUAAACGCGUUAUUACAAAAACAGGCCAAUGUGGAGAAGAAGGGGGUGCAGGAAAAAGUGGCGUACUCUGAAAGGGUUAUAGUGGAGAGGGAUCCUGAAACACUUUUGGAGAUCGACAGGUUCAAGAGCAGCUUGGAAGAGGAAACCAAUCUUUGCAACAAGCUGAACCAGCAGCUAAAAGAUUUAAAGUCCAGAUUGUCUGAUAUGGAGUCGUCCAACACAAAGUCCCUAAAAGAGCUAGACCAAGUCAAAGAAGAAAAUACCACCCUGGAAAAGGAGAAUCUACGACUACAGAAUCAAAUCAAGAAACUAAAUGCAGAAAACCAAAUCACAGCAAGAGAGAUUAAGCAUAUCGCAGAGUCUGUACCAUUUGAGAAUGGAAACCUGGAACUAAGGCUGGCCUCCCUUCAGAAAGAACUAUCAGACCUGAGGAGCAUCACAAAAGAAAAAGAGCAAGAAAUUGAGACACUUAAAAAGACUCUGACUAUCAAGAGGGAACAGAGGGAGAGUCAUCUUAGGCGCUCUGUUAUCAUUAUUGACCCAGAUACAGGCAAGGAAAUGAGACCAGAAGAGGCAUACCAAAUGGGAAUCAUCGACUCCAAACUGUUCGUUAACCUCCAAGGCCAGGAGUGUGACUGGGAGGAGAUCUCAGUCAAAGGGCCCAGUGGAGAGUCAUCAGUUCUUCAUAACAGAAAGUCAGGUCAGAAAUUCUGCAUUGAAGAUGCACUGAAGAAAGGCACCAUUACACAGCAUCACCUGGAUAAGUAUCUUAAUAAAGAAAUGACUAUCCAGGAGUUUGGUCACAUUCUGUCUGGCCGAAGAAAAUGAGAAUCAAGAUGGUUUUUCUUCACAAGCUGAUUUUAUUAAAUCGCCUUUUUAAAUUGCAUCCCUUUUCCAUUUUUCUUUUGAUUCUACUUUCAGGGACUUAAAGGACCUAUAUUUGCAUAUUUACUGAUGAGAAGUAUUGGGAAUUUUUUUCUUAGAAGACAUUCAUAAAGUUAAAGUUUUCAAGUUAAAGACUUACAUAGUAUUGAAACAUAGCAAUACUCUUAACAACUUUUAUACAAGCUGGAAAAAGUGUAUUAAAUGAGUGAAUGGAAAAUGUUUGAGAAGAUUAUAAUGCGCUUCUUUUCUCUCAUAAUGCAACUUACCAAUUGUAAUCAUCCAUUUUAAAUGAAUGUAUCAUAUAUAAAGUUGAUUGCAUUCCUAUGUUUUUUUUAUUCUUAUGAGUGGUGAAACAGGAAAAUGUACUUUUUUUCUAUCGAUUUAACAUCAAUGAAACAAUUGAAUGUAUAACCUCCCAUUUUAAAGCUUCAAGAUCUGAGAGCAAUAAACAUAAAUAACUGGAAAGAAAUGUAUUCUUAAUUUUACAAGACGGUUAUCUGUAACCUUGGUCUAGGACACACAUACAUUUUCUUUUUGAAUAAAGAUGAUUAUGCUAGUCUGCAAGAA